UCAUUUGAUCGUGGAGAGAAAGUAUGCUGAAGCUGCAUCAUUGUGUCCUAAGUUGUUGAGAGGGUCUUCUUCAGCAUGGGAGAGAUGGGUGUUCCACUUUGCUCAUCUCCGGCAGCUUCCAGUACUUGUACCAUACAUGCCAACAGAAAACCCGAGACUGCGUGAUACUGCUUAUGAGGUUGCUCUAGUGGCACUAGCUACUAAUCCAUCUGUCCACAAGGAUCUCUUAUCAACUGUUAAAUCUUGGCCACCUGCAAUUUAUUCUGCUCUGCCUGUUAUUUCUGCCAUAGAGCCUCAGCUAAAUACAUCAUCAAUGACUGAUGCCCUCAAAGAGGCACUAGCAGAAUUGUAUGUGAUUGAUGGGCAGUAUGAAAAAGCUUUUUCACUUUAUGCUGAUCUUAUGAAACCAUAUAUAUUUGAAUUCAUUGAGAAACACAACUUACAUGAUGCCAUUCGUGAAAAGGUCGUCCAACUGAUGAUGCUUGAUUGCAAGCAUGCUGUUCCUUUAUUCAUCCAAAAUAAGGACGUAAUAACUCCAACUGAAGUUGUUUCCAAACUUCUAAAUGCCAGCAAUAAAUGUGAUUCAAGAUAUUUCUUGCAUUUAUACCUACAUUCACUAUUUGAAGUAAAUCCACACGCAGGAAAGGAUUUUCAUGAUUUGCAGGUGGAAUUGUACGCGGACUAUGAUCAAAAGAUGCUACUUCCAUUCCUUCGUAGCAGUCAACAUUACAUGCUUGAGAAGGCAUAUGAAAUAUGCAUCAGAAGAAAUCUGUUAAGGGAGCAAGUCUUCAUCCUCGGAAGAAUGGGGAAUUCCAAGCAAGCUCUUGCUGUCAUCAUAAAUGAACUGGGUGAUAUAGAAGAGGCAGUAGAAUUUGUGACUAUGCAGCAUGAUGAUGAGCUUUGGGAAGAAUUGAUAAAGCAAUGUCUUGACAAACCUGAAAUGGUGGGCUUGCUGUUGGAGCACACUGUUGGCAAUCUUGAUCCUUUAUACAUUGUAAAUAUGGUGCCCAAUGGCUUGGAGAUACCUCGGUUAGUUUGA